GCAUGACAACUCAAAUACACUCCCCCGUGGUCCGCCCGGUUUCUUCACACAGGAUUCGUUCUCAUCAAAGGAAGCAGACUGCUGAUCAACAGGGUGAAUAUAUUCGGGCUCUCACCUCCCUUGCCGUUAUUUAAGUCAUAGUGGGGUCUAACAUGGCUUAUAUCAAUAGUUUAUGCCCCCUGAAUGCGAGUAUUCCAAUCAGGUCGAACAUAGUCACCGCUCUUUCUGAGUCCGACAUUUCUGUUAUACCGAGGAUCGCUUUGAAGAUAGCACAUUUUGAGGGUACAGCUGUUCUUCGACUGUUCGCAAAUUCAGCUCAGCCGGAGAUUGGCUGCUACUCUGCUGCGAGUACCAACGGCAUUACCCUCGGACAGCCCCUUGCAGUAAGCAGUAUCGUGGAGCUCUUCGUUGUUCUAGCUAUCCUCUUGUCAACCUCACUGGCGAUAUAUGGAACAGAUCCAGCCUCUACGCGGGCACAUUAUGCUCAUUCACCAUCUGCCUUUGUGGCAUUUUCCAUCCUCCAUCAUAUAUACUUUACUGGUGCCCUGGCUAUGAAUUGCCCGAGCGUUCUGGUCACCUUCUGGUUGAAUUUUGCUUGGUUUUCCGGUAUGCUUUACAAUGACAAGAUGCAAGCUUGAUUGAUCAAUUAUUGGACCUGAAAGAGCAGAUACAAAAUGGUCCGCAGCGCAGUUAGCUGGAGUUGUCGAAACUAGGGGUGUUUAUUUCAAUAUCUCCAAGAUAUAUAGCCAAAACGCGUCCCUAAAAGUGAAUGAUCUGAGCAAACUCCAGACACGUUUCGAAUUCCUGUUGGCAAAGCGAGAAAGUCCGCACACAACCACAGGUCCUACAUGGCACGGAACGGCUCUAAGCCUGGGCUUCCUUAACCUGGAGACAACAGUGGAUUGCAGGAACUCUAGCCUCUGGAAAAAUUCCGGCAUCAAAUGCUUGCCUAAGAGGCUUUUCUGGUUUCUUAUUCUGGUGAUGACAGUGGCAAGUGUGAUAACUUCAUGAAUGCCAUUUUUGCGGGAUAUUAUAAACUGAAUCCUACCAAGGGUGAAUGAUGUGCUUAUUCCUGAAAUAAUUGGACUAUCUUUCUCGCAUCAGACGUCCUACGGGCAAAGUUUGUCAGGUUUUUCAUGAUCACGUCACUUGCUCUAUUCCAGCUUUCCCGAGGUGGACAGGCUACAGUCAUUGGGAUAUGCUCCAUUGUUUUCCUCAUGUUCUUCUUCAGAAUAUGCUUAAUGAUGGGGGCUACGUCCUAUUUUAUCACAUCAAGGACAGGCAGAUCCACGUUUACUCCAGAUCAGCUACUCGUCAUACGUACCAGGAUUUUUGGGUGCUUCCCUUGCUACCAAGUGUCUAGAAGAAGUCGUGUGAAGGACGACGACUGGAAAUUUUAGUAUCUGUUCCCUGGUGGAGAACGACGUGUGAACACAAUCCGAAUUCACCUCAUGCUUCUCAGCCUCCUCCAAUCCACGAAGAUGGAAGAUUUCUCCGGAGAUUUGGCUGGCUCUCUGCUCGUUUCCGUCAAUCCCGUUGGUGGUUGUCUGUGCCGUGGGUUGGCUACGAAUUUUAUUCGUGCGUGCUUCGUUAGAGCAGGUUCAAACGACCUAUUAAAUAGCUCAAGUAUUUGGCCUCCUAGCAGUUGAGUGUAUUGCUCUAUUCUGUAUUGGCUGGUUUAGGCCAUUUGAAUCUACUUGAAUAAAUGCUUUGAUGGUUUACUUGGUCAGAAUCAGCAAGGUGUCUGCAGUACCUUUGUCUUCCUUGUUUGACUCUCAAUUCAACCUGGGGUGAAUCACUGCUACCAUUGUUGGGUUUGUCAUUGUAAUUAUCCAAGGGUUUCUUACAAUAUGCUUGCUUAUAUUCAUUGCCA